AGAAAGAAAGAAAGAAAAAAGACGAACAGAGGAAAAAGCCCAGUGCACGGAAAAUUGUACAGGACCUGCUUAUUAUCAGAUUGAAAGGUCAUAGCAAAGCGGUGGCUUAAAUUUUCGCUGUGCCUCUGUAGUGUUGGAGACAGCGACCUUGCAUAAUGGACGGCCCUCCACCACCACCACCUCCUCCUCAUGGAGCAAACCCGCGGAGUGACACCGGACCUGGAGAUGGCAGCAGGUACCGCAAAUCCACAGAUUUGCCAGAGGGCCCUUAUGACAUCUUUAUUAUCCCGCCUCAUUCUGCUGGAGGUGGCUUUUUAUACCUUCCCUCGCUCCAAUGCCACACAAACAGCUUCCUAGCGGGCGUUGCUGUGACAUUGAUGGGCGUCUACUUUUAUUUCAACGCAUUGCCCACCCUGAAAACCUGGUGUGCAACUGUUGUGGCCCGCGGCGGAAUGGGCGUGUUCUUGCUCGCCUUUGGAAUUGGCCUUGUCAGCUGGGCCAUUGGCAAGGCUCAAGCCGAGGGAGUUUUCCGUCAACGUUCCCGCUCAAAACCUACCGCUUCUAGCAAUGGAAGUACUUCUCGUGGGCCUCCUCCGGGACCUCCUCCAGGUGCUCCUCCCCCGGGCGGACACGGCCCUCCACCACCUGGCGGAGCGGGCCCGGGGCCUGGAGCUGGCGGAGGCUCUUAUCAAAAUUACGGCGGACAUUAUGCUGGUGCCGGGUUCCCUCCUCCGCCUAAUCCAGGGGCUGGAUUCCCCGGAGGAGGACCAUAUCCGGGGGCUGGAGGUCCAUAUCCUGGUGCUGGACCCCAAUAUCCAGGAGGGCAUCAAUAUAAUAGGAAUAGCUAUCCUGGAAGCCGCCAGAGCUAUGGAAGCUAUAAUUCUCCGCCCUCUUCAGAGCCUCAUAGACGUGACACCCGACGUUCCGAAUCCCCGGGACCUUCGCCUCCACCAAGGCGUGAAGCACCGCGGCCAGCAUCUCCACCACCUCCGCCACCAAACCAUGAACCCCGUAGGCCCGAGACGCCCAAGCAACAAUUUAUGCCCGAAGAACCUGAGCCAAAACCUGAACAAAAGCCGGAGCCUUCAAAACCAGAGGUCCCAAAGAAAGAGGAACCAGUACCAGAAGAGCCAAAGCCAGCGCCUCCGCAACCUGAGCCUCCAGCACCUGAACCGCCAAAGAGGGAAAUCCCCAAGCCAGAAGAACCUAAGCCAGAAGAACCGAAACCCGAGCCUCCAAAGCCAGCAGCUCCAAAACCAGAACCCCCGAAGCAGCCUGAGGUUAAGCCAAAACCUCCAAAACCUGCAGAGCCUGCUCCUCAACCAGUUCCUCAGCCCGAGCCUCCAAAGCAAGAAACUCCCAAAGAAGUACCUACGGUAGACCCAAAGAUGGGCGAGUGGGAGAAAGCUCGUGAAGAAACGAGGAGGAGAGAGGAGUUGAAGAGAAAGAUGGAAGAGAUUAAGCGUAAGAGGGCAGAAGCAGAACGGAAAAAGAAGGAAGAAGAAGAGAAGAAAGCUCGUGAGGAGCAAGAGAAGCGUGAUAAGGAGAACCGGGAACGGGAAUACCGUCUGUGGAAGGAGAAGAGAGCCAAAGAAAAGGCUGCCAAAGAAGCGGCCGAGAGAGAAGCAAAGGCAGCCCAGGAAGCAGCCGAAAAGGAGGCUGCAGAGAAGGCUGCAAAGGAAAAGGCCAGACAGGAGGCUGCAGCACGGUAUGCGGCCGCAAAAGAAGCUGCUGCGGCCAGACGAGCUGCCGCUGCAGCGUCCGCAGCCCCCUCAGUCGCUCCAUCAGUUUCAUCAACCACAAAACUAUCGUCAACUAUCAAAGUCUCUCCUGUCAAGCCAAAAUCCCAGACAGCUUCGCCAGAAAAGAGGUCUCCAUCGCCAGAGAAGCGACCAGCACCAAAGCCUACACAGAGCAAGCCUCCUUUCCCUUCGGUCAAGACAGCAACUACGGAUGCAGAAGACGAUGGCUAUUCAUUUCGCCCUUAUGACCGACCGAGAUCAAGUAUCAGCCGGCCUAGCGAGGCAGACUCGGUUAUUUCAGAGUCGACUUAUGCUCCAUCUCAAUCUACUGCAAACACCUCACCUCCUCCAUCUCAACGUGGACCAUAUUCCACCAAGGAUCCUAACAAGAUUGUUAUUCACGGCGUAUACACCUUUAAUAAUGCAUUCAUGAAAACUCCUAUUGCCCAAUUGGUAUCUGGAGUAGGCUCAGUUACGGAUGGACUCAUUCUGCGAAUGACAACGGAAGGCAUGUUCGUUGACGAUGACGUCCGUGGAGUAGCGCAGAGAGAAUGGGAUAUCAAGGCAUGGACUAUGAAGCUAAUAGAGGUAUGGUGUCCUUUGCACUCCGCCAAUAGCAGUCAUCCUACUCGCUCAAGCAAUGGAAAGCUCAAUCCCUUCCGGUUUGGAAAUUUGCAUUCGUCAUCCAAGCAGCCUAGCAACGAGGAUUCAGAUGCUUUCGUUUCAGGAAUGCUUCACACCUGUAAAGACAAAUGCCGUUUCGGGGUGAGCAGUGCUGCCGACUCGAGUAGUUCUUAUCAUAGUGCUGGCAGUGGUAUUGACCAAUGUAUUCUACAGACAGCGGAAGCUCGCGGCCUGCACAUAAUCCGAACCAGCAUCAGAGAUCAAGACGGCAAACGGUUCAUCUUCGUCCUUGAUGAAAACGAAGCCUGGAAGGUUGCUCUUGGUCUUAAGCGUCUGAGAAAAGGUAGUCAAGUGCGUGCCCUGGGCGUAUGCGGUCUACCGGCCAACGAAGCUGCCUCCAUACUCGGCAACCUAGGCUAUUGAUAUCAGUGGCUUGUCCGGUAUAUCUGGGAUGCUCCUUUCAAUCUGCUACUCCAUCACCAGCCUUUCUCCCGCCAUACUUCUUCUUCUACUUUAAUUUUCUAUACCCCUUUAUUCAGGAAAAUGUUUUUGUCAUCCUGUUUGAAUACUUGUCUGUUUCUCUCCUAUUACCUAUUUAUUCGCCCUGGAGGUAUCAUGAUAGCUUUGAUCAAAGCAUUUCAUCUGCUUCAUUUUAGCGAUGGCGUUAUGAGUUUUUAAUGAUACUGCACUCUCCCAUGUCUUGAGCCUCCUCUUUAACUUGCUUCUAAUAUCUUGAUAAAGUGCCUUGAUUACUUUCCCCGAGAACGUUUUGCUCUGACUUGAAGGAGCAAGCAUGGAGUUACAUCUAAAGGGCCUCUGUUUUCCUGGCUAUAAGCGUCGACCGUUGUUGCCCCUAGAGUCCGGCUAAACUAUUUUAAAUCAUGGAUCCCAAUCCGCAAUGCUGUCUGUAAUGAAUCCUUCACUCUAUACGCCAACAUCCAGUUGGUAUCCUCCCUGGAUGCGCCCUUCCCACCACCCCUGGGUGGUUUGCGUAACAGCAACUCUCUAGCAAGCGCCCUUUUUUCAGUCAUCAAAGCAGCA